AUGUCACGGAGAUACGACUCCAGGACGACCAUCUUCUCUCCGGAGGGUCGCCUCUACCAAGUCGAAUACGCUCUCGAAGCUAUCUCGCACGCCGGAACAGCAUUAGGUAUCUUGGCACAGGAUGGCAUCGUUCUCGCCGCAGAGAGGAAGGUCACCAGCAAGUUGCUGGAGCAAGACACAUCAGCGGAGAAGCUAUACAUCUUGAACGAUAACAUGAUCUGCGCCGUAGCAGGUAUGACUGCCGAUGCCAACAUCCUCAUCAACUAUGCCCGUCAAGCCGCCCAAAAGUAUCUCCUCACGUACAACGAAGACAUUCCCUGCGAGCAACUCGUCCGCCGUUUAUGCGAUCUCAAGCAGGGUUACACGCAGCACGGAGGUCUCCGGCCGUUUGGUGUAUCCUUCAUCUACGCAGGAUGGGACCCUCAGCGACAGUUCCAGCUGUACCAGAGCAACCCCAGUGGCAACUACGGCGGCUGGAAGGCAACCAGUGUCGGCGCGAACAACGCCUCUGCCCAGAGCUUGUUGAAGCAGGACUACAAGGAGGAGUGCGAUCUGAAGGAGGCAUGCGGACUUGCAGUCAAGGUGCUUAGCAAGACCAUGGACUCGACUAAGCUAAGCAGCGAGAAGAUUGAGUUUGCGACAGUAGGAAAGACCAAGACAGGCAAGAUCUACCACCACCUGUGGGGAGCGGACGAGAUCGAUGCUCUGCUGAAGGAGCACGGCCUGGCCAAGGCUGAGGAUACCGAGAUGUCCGAGACAUGA